AACAGAAUUUCACUGAAAAAUACUAUGAAGAGCUUCAUCGUUCUUGCUCUGGUAGCCCACGUCGCGUUCGGCGGUUUCCUCGGUGGAGGUGGUGGUGGUGGUGGUCACGGAGGCGGUGACUUCGGAGGACACGGAGGAAGUGGUGGUGGUCACGGCGGCAACCAGGGACAGGAUGAGGACAACGCCGCCCUCUCGGCCGUAGGACUCGCCCGACUCUUGGGCGGAGGAGCGUCUCACGGUCACCAGAGCUCAGGCGGAGGAGCCACUUACACUAUCUCUGGCCCUACCCAGGAGAUCAAGUCGGUCCACAAGAUCACCACCACAAGCGCUGGAGGCCAGGUCCUCUCCCGUACCGGAGGACAAUCUAGCGGAGGCGGCCAGGCCAAGAUCCUCAUUGUCAAGCAGGAACAACAACAACAGCAGCAAGGCGGACACGGUGGAGGAUGGCAGCAGCAGCAGUCGGGAGGACACGGAGGAUCCUCCGGUGGUGGAUGGUAG